UACUCAUUCUUCUCUCUCAUCCCUCUCCGGCUGCUCUGUCUCUCUUCUCUCACUAGACGAACCACUGCUGCGGGCUCUGGAACAGGAGGGAUAGACUUGUCUAGGCUACUCUAACCCCUUUGGCUUAUGUGGACUAUUUGGUGCUCUGUCUCGGUAUACUUAGCCGAUGUGAAAUAACCGGGACAAUAUAAAAGCUACGGUCAAAUAACGGUUCUGGUCAGGGUGCGCCAAAAUCACUGGAUUCUGUCAACUUGUUGCGCACUCAAUAAAGUGGAACUACAAGUGGUAGUUAGAAUUGUUUCGAGUAGCAGCCAAAGUGGACGAUUAUAAUUUCAGUUAUCAUCAUGGGCGAGACACACUAAGCCUCAGCUCCCGAGGCUCAGGAUUGUUUUAGCAGUGGGGGGACGAAGACGAAGAGAGAGGCACGGCAUUCCCAGACUGGACCGAUAAGGACUCCUAAAUGCGUCUUCCUGUUGACCCGACAACAAUGAAUAGUGGUUCUAGCAACUUUCUGCUAGUUCCAAUACAGGAGUAUCCCGUUCUAGACUGCGUACCCAACAAAAACGUCAAGAUCGUGGUUUUGGGAGCGAGCAACGUGGGGAAAACAGCGUUGAUAGUCAGGUUUCUGACUAAGAGGUUCAUCGGGGACUAUGAGGCAAACACAGGGGCCCUGUACUCCAGAAAGAUCAAUCUAGAUGGAGAACAGGUUUCACUACAGGUUCAGGACACGCCCUGCGUCUCUCUACAGGACGAUGCAGAGGGACUUUAUUGUCAGGAGCAGAUCAACAGGUCUAUCUACUGGGCGGAUGGAUACGUCCUGGUCUUUUCCAUCACAGAUCACAGCAGCUAUAGAACCAUCCAGCCUCUCUACCAGCACGUCAGACGCAUCCACCCUGCAGGGAAUAUACCUGUCAUACUGGUGGGCAACAAGAGUGACCUCCUCCGUGCCCGCCAGGUGCCAGCCGAUGAGGGUGAGACUUUGGCAGCCUCUCUGGGUGGUGCGUAUUUCGAGGUCUCUGCCCGGGAGAACCACGAGGGGGUCCACUCCGCCUUCCUGCACCUCUGUGGCGAGGUGAGCCGAGCGCUGGGCGGGGGGAACGGGGAGAAGAGGAGAGGGGGGCUGCACCUAGCCCGGCCUAAGUCCCCCAACAUGCAAGAGCUCAAAAGAAGGUUCCGACAGGUGCUCUCUUCCAAGGGGAAGUCUUCCGCUACCACGCUGUGAUGAUAAUGGAAAAAAAGAGAUGGUUCUGGUUCUGACGGUUCUAGUUCUGGUUCCAGAAUUGGAAUUAUGGAUUUAGCCCAGUUAACUCUCUUGUGAUGUCAUUGUAUGAGAAUGAAUGUAACAGUUUCAGUUGGAACACAGAGAAGAGAUAAACGGUUCUAUAUUCUAUUUCAUUCUAUUGGAAUGGAACAUUGAGAUAAGGAAAUCUAUAUUCCACUUGCGGGAAGGAAUGGCACAGAGACAGCAAGACCAAACGCUUCCAACAACGGAGUGGGCUUCGUUGGUAUGUGACGUCAAGAAGCCUGUCUGCCGAUUCAACCAAUGGUGACUGAGGAGACUGAAAAACAGACUACGACUGACAGGUCUAACGGACCAUUCGUUGGCUUCUCUGAGAUCGCUAUUCGUACUAAGCGAUUAUGCAGUAGUCAACUCUCCUUGCUUUUGAUACAUUUGUAUUUAAAGAAGGUAAUCUAAAAUAAACUGUACCCAGAGGCAAAGAAAAAUUAUGUUGGCAUCACAGAUUACCUAUAAUGAAGGGACACUUUCUCUCUAAUGGCAUUCUAUGAGCCCUGGUCAAAGGUUUUGCUCUAGGCUAUAUUAUAGUAGAGUGCCAUUAGAGAUUGAACCUAUGUAUUUUCUCAAUGAAACAUUUCAAAUGGACGGGCCAUGCUUAAUUCAAUUGAAUUGCUAAAAAAUGCACUCAACCACAGUCCUUGACAUCCUGGUCUGUACUAAUCUAUACCAGCUUGGUUCCCCUGAACAGUCACGAACCACAGGAUCAGUUUACCCUACCCCAACCCUAACUUCAACCACCAUGAAGGCAAUAGAUAAAACUGACCACAGACCAGUUCUUAGGGGAAACUCCAUCCUACAUCAAACCACUGUGAUGCCUAUGGCUGCAAAAGUCGGUUGGAAGAUUCCUGGAAUCAGGGGGGAAUAAGCAGGACACUUUGAAUCCUUCAACCAGAAUUUCAGAAAAACCUGGGAAUUAUUGGCAAAAUAGAGGAAUUUUGCAACCCUCAGGCCCCUUUAAGGUAACACAUGUGGAGGCUCUAUGUCCUACAUAUGUAUCUUUCUGUCUGUUUUUUUAUGAGUCUGGAAAGGGAGAGACUUGGGGUGAGUUCUAAAUGGCACUGUAUUCCCUAUAUAGUGCACUACUUUUGACCAGGGCCCAUCAAAAGGAAUGCACUAUAUAGGGAACAGGGUGCCAUUUGGGAUGCAACCACGAGUUCUCAUGACCUUUCACCUCUAUCUGCUGCGUCAGAGUUUAACACACACCAGAGCAGGGAUCACCCACUAGAUUCAGCCGCAGGCUGAUUUUUUUUCUUGAGCGAAUGGUCAGGGGGCCGGAACAAAAUUACAAAUAAUUUGAAAAACGCAAAUGCUGUAGACCGCAAGACUCCUAAACAGAUAUAAUAUAUCAAACCUUGUUUACAUUUGUAUACAAUCACAUAUAUACAGUAUCUCUGUUAUGUGUGGGAAUACUUUGGAACGGAUUUCCAAAAUUAAAAUCACUUGGAGCUGAUUUGCUGGUGUUUUUAAUCUUUUAUGUCCAUCAAUAAAAGUAAAAUAUAUUUUUGGGACCCAGAAAACUCCAGUUGGGGAACCCUGCACCAGAGGUAAGGGAGUGCCCAGUUCCCCCAGAACUCUGAAACCUUGAGGUAGUUGUUUCCCUUGCUCUUUGGAGCGAUAGGUAACGAUGCUUCAUGGGUGACUGUUGUCAAUGUAUUCAGAGGGUCCUUGGUUUGAGCCCAGAUUGGGGCAAAGAGCGGGACGGAAGCAAUACUGUUACAUUGAUGCUGUUGACCCGGAUCAUUCAGUUGGGCUCUGCCCAGCAGCUGGGGUUGCUACGGAGAAGGAGGAGGUCAAAGGGGGGGUGAAUGUAACCGGUGUGAAAUGGCUAGCUAAUUAGCGGUGCACACCAGUAGCGUUUCAAUCGGUGAUGUCACUUGCUCAGAGUAAUUGUUUCCCUUGCUCUGUACUGACUGCGGCUUUUGUGGAGCGAUAGUGGGAGGCAAGUUAUUGAUGUGUUCAAAGGGUCCUUGAUUCGAGCCCAGGUUGGGGCAAGGAGAGGGACGGAUGCAAGACUGUUACACACAACCAGAAGAGAGACGCAGAAAUGACAACACACUAGGACGCCAGGGGUACAGUGCUCUGAUAAUGAGAAAUUCCUCGGCACCUGGAAUUUUUCUUUGCGAGUCUGGUCGUUGCCCCCAACCUCCUCCGUUAAACACUUUCUAAAUGUAAUCCUUUACAGGUACUAAUGUAAUCCUUUACAGGUACUAAUGUAAUCCUUUACAGGUACUAAUGUAAUCCUUUACAGGUACUAACUUAAACUCACUCACUUUUGGACAUUGCCUUGGUUCGUACAAUUGAACCUCAUUUUAGCGCCCCAAAAACGUAAUACUUCCAGAUCAACUGUAAUGUCAAUUCCAAUGUAAAGCACAAUUUCUCCCCUUUCUAACAAAAUUAAUGACAUGACCUCUAAGCUGCCCGUUUCUGCAUUAUUCAAGCAGGCAAUGAGCUCCGUCGGGUCUUUUUUUAAAAUGGCGGGUGGGGAAGCGAAACUAAUGCGUGGUAGUGAGAAGGAGAGGAGAUGUGUGGGGAAAUUGCACUCGAUCUGUCCAACUUAUCACCUUACCGCCUCUAAAAUGUAAAUAAAACACGAUAAAGAGUUUACAUAAUGUGUCAUUACAUACCUAUUUGAAGGUUUGUGUCGAAUUUGACUCGGGUUUUUAGGGCGGUGCUAAAGUGAUCUUCAGAAGUAAACAGCGGCUCUGGGAGUCAUGAUCGCUUACAGUGAUGACGCAAAAAAUGACUAGGUAUCCCCCCUUACCCCCGUCACUGUCCAUUUCUUGUUUUUAAACGAUGAGAGAAGUGCUACACCUGGUGGAGAGAGAUUGUAAGACAGAAAUAGUUGCUAUGUGCGUGCUGUACGUUACGGCAUGACACGUCACGAUGUAACGAAGGGUCAGUUUCUUUCAACUUUUCUCCAAUACUAAAACGCCAUUACCACGUCGAUCAAUGCUUGAAUAGAAACGUAGUUCACACCCCAGACUUUGAAGUCAACACAGUCGCUACAGUCCCAUUCGUUUUCUUUGCAGCCUCGUUUGAAUGUCGCGGUUGCGCACAUUUGUACAGAAUGGGGUGAGUUUACGUUAGUUACCUGUCCAAAAUUGCCAUCAGUAACUUCACUUACAUUUUACAUGUAGGUUUUAGUCAUUUAGCAGACGCACUUAUCCAGAGAGACUUAGUUGGUGCAUUCAUCUUAAAGGGAUACUUCAGGAUUUUGGCAAUGAAGCCUUUUAUCUACUUCCCCAGAGUCCGAUGAACUCAUGAAUACCAUUUGUGAAGUAGAUAAAGGGCUUCCUUGACAAACUUCCUUCCCGAAGUAUCCCUUUAGCCCUUUCCUGCAGUCAAAUGACCAAAUCACCCACUAGUGGCCUCAUGGGCGAAACGUUAUUUAUAUUUGUCAUAUCUGUCCCUUUGUUAUAUUUCAGUCUUCUGUGAUAUAUAAAGUGUAAUAUCGGGAUGCAAACUCAAAAUGGAAUACAUUUCAACUCUAUUUCUGACAUGGUACAGGUGUUCUAAGCCCAUAACCAUGUGAGUGAGUAGAUUCAAAGUAGAUUUGUUGAAGACUACCAAGAACCACUCUGUGACACUGAUUUAGCCCACUGCAGUAAAUUAAGAUAGCUAGGUGAGACAAUGUCUUUGCUGGUAACGUAACUGAUUACAGUCCCAAUUUAAAAAAAUAAUCAGAUGACAUGUAAACUCCCCAACCCUAAACGCACACACACACACGCACACACACUUCAAAACCUUUUAACCCCUUGAGCCCUGGCCUUUAACCUAUAAAAUUAAUCAGUAUGUGGCAGUACAAGGAUUCAUCUCACAGUGGUGGCUGACCGAGUAUCGCUAUACAGUCCUAUACAGGGACCAAACGGACUGAAACGGUGCCUUUUUAUUUUCAGUUUUCCGCUGAGUGCCCUAUUAAACAAGACACUGAUGUUUGAGAUGUAGUUUAGAAAUGCAAAUAAAGAAAAAAUGAGAGAGAAGUAAUUGACUGGAUUCUUAAUGUCCUUCUCUUCCUGUCUCUGAGUAUUUAAGCUCCCUGACUACUUCCACCCCCCCCCCCCCCCACACACACACACAUCUGAGAGGGCAUGAAGUACAUGAGGAUGGCUGGUGGGUGGUCUGUAGGGGGUUGUCAAACACCUUAAACAGCUUCUUCCUGCAAUAUAGAGCCAUAAUCAUUAUGCUUCAUUCUAUGACAAACAUAUGUUUAUUUUCUGCAUAUCUAAGCAUACCUCUUGAGUGGUGUAUAUAUUUUUUUUAAAUAAACUGAAUAUGCUUCUCUGCUAAAAUCUUGGUCAAAGAUUGAAAGGAAUGUGAGUUUUAUUCAGUAUAUUUAUUUAUUGUGUCACGCCCUGACCUUAGAGAGCCUUUUAUUUCUCUAUUUUUGGUUAGGUCAGGGUGUGAUUAGGGUGGGCAUUCUAGGUUUUCUGUUUUCUAUGUUUUCUAUUUCUUUGUUGUUUUAGCCAUGCGUGGUUCCCAAUCAGAGGAAACUGUCUAUUGUUGUAUCUGAUUGGGGGUCAUAUAUAAGUUGUGAUUUUCAGUUUGGGUUUUGUGGGGAGUUAUUUUCUGUUUAGCUGUUUUGUUGCCUGACAGAACUGCGCACUUUCGUUUUUUCUACUUUGUUAUUUUGUUGCGGGGUGUUCAGUUUAUUAAAAAUCAUGAAAGCCUA